AUGGCGGACAUGGUGAGUGGCUUAUAGCACUACUUGUUCCAUUAAUAUUUGCUCGCUGUUUUGUGGAUUCAUUUGUUCUUCUCUCUCUCUGAUAUACCUCUGAAUAUUUCCAGGAUCACUUAGACGCCACUGAGGAUGUGGCAUUAAAUUUUGGAGACGAGGAUGAAAUUUUAUAUAGAAAAAAGAAAUUCAGGUUUGUUGAUAUGAGCCCACGUUUACUUUUUGCAUUUAAUUCUACGAGUUAGGAGAUUGAACCCGACAAUAUUGUCAAAGGAAGAUUUAGGAACGUUUCCCUUUAUUUGAAUUCAAUCAGUCUUUUACGAGCUAAAUGCAAGCCAGAAAAACCGUGUUCAAUUAAUGCGAAUCUUGGAAACCACGGUGCAGCCUCACCUGUCCCAUUAACUCUUUACACCUUAACAUCAGUAUGCACAUUCUCCUUGAUCUUCCCCAUACAUUUCAUCUGGUACUGACAUGGAGAAUUUGCUUAACAAUUGAAAGUUGGUGGUUGGUGAUCAUUUCCUUUAUUCUCAUGAUCUUAAUGAAGGAUUCAGCAGUAUUGUUGUAAGGAGAAAUUAGACAAGGGUCAAUCUUAAGGUUUAAAGGGUUAACUCUCUAACUCCCAAAAUAUGAUUAGUGAUUUUCUCUUCUAACUUCUGAACAUUUUCUUGUAACAAGGAAGGAGAGUCUGGGGCAAGAUUUCUGUACAACCCUAUACUUCAUUAAGUAUGCAAGCAGUUCCUUGAUGAAGGAAAAGGGCAGCAAAAACAAUAGAUUACCUGGUGUUAUAUCAAGUUAAUAUUCUUUGGGUGAUAAGUUUUUUCUCCUUUUUACAAGUAUUUGACUAAUCUUUUACUGUUUAAACAUGAAUCUUAAUAUUGUUUUUAAUAUUUUUAUCCUGUUCAGAAAACCUUUGGUUACCAUCUUCCAUCUUCUAUUUCGAGUGGCAGCAAUCAUUGCUUACCUUCUGUGUGGUUGGUUCAGUGAUAGUUUCAUAACAAACUUUGUUAUCAUAGUUCUGCUUUUAUCAUUUGACUUCUGGACUGUCAAGAAUGUCACAGGACGGUUAUUAGUGGGACUUAGAUGGUGGAACUACGUGGAUGAGGAUGGGAACAGCCAUUGGGUGUUUGAGUCCAGAAAGGUUUUGUAUGGUUUAGCCCUUUACCUCCCAAGGUCUGAUUGAAAAUUGUCUCCUCUAGCUAUUAGGUUAGGGGUUCAUUAUAAAUUAGUUACAAGGAUUUGGUUGUAGAUCGAGAUAACAACUUCUACUUGAUAAAUAUGAGUAUUCUCACAACCUGUAUGCUGGUUGCUGUAUGCUAUAGGGAGAAGUAACAUGUUAAUCACCUCUGGGAGUUAAAGGGUAUAAAUUCAGUGUAGAUGCUUGGUAAACAUAAUAGGCUGCAUAGAACAGUUUGAUGCAGUAAACAUGUGAAGAACUAAGUUAUAAACACAAUCAGCAAAGUUGCUUGUUGAUCCAGUUAUACAAUUGAUUUAUCACAAUUAAAAUUUGAAAAGCGGGAACAUCUGAGACAUCCUAUGGACAAAAGAUCUAAUGAACAGGGGAUAAAUACCAUUAUGCACAUGAUUAUGAGAGGAACAAAAAAAAAUAAUAUUGUUAUAAAGGAUUUGGUUUUUAGGUCACUUUGAUUUUGCUCAUUCAUAACCCUUCAACUCCCACAAGUGACCAAGAUAGAAUUUCUCUCCACAAUAUCAGUACAACAUCAAGCAGAAGAGUAAUGAGGAUAAAGAAAAAUAUCAAUUAUGGGAUUUCUGGUUGAUCCAAUUCCAAAUUCCCAAAACUAACUUACAAGAUUUGUAUGGCAGACAGUAAGGAGAAUCUCUGAUGAGAUCUUGGGAUUGAAAGGGUCAAGGUUACUUUGUUUCUGUCUUUCAAUAGGGUCACUUUAUUCUUUUUUUCGUUUUCAUCAACAUCAGAAUUAAAUGUCAAUCUUAUGUCUCAUUUACCAUUUCUUUUUCAAUUAUUAAAUGUAGAGUGACAAGCAGGUGACCACAGCUGAAUCUCGCGUCUUCUGGCUUGGUUUGGUCAUUUGUCCCCUUAUUUGGACAUUCUUUCUUGUGGCUGCACUGUUUUCACUGAAAUUUAAGUGGCUGGUGAGCAGACUGUUGAUGUCUUGUAGACAAUACUGAUAUUUAGAUACUAUAUUGGGCUAUAAACCUUAGUUUACACCAAUUUGGGAGAAUUGAGAAUGGAAAGGUUGGAUACCAACAUAAGUCCAAACUUAAAGCUUUGCUACUUGUGCUGGUAUUAAGCUGAACAAGCGCAACAGCAAAAGUUAUGGCAGGGCUAGAGAUUGUAACUGAUACAGGCACCCAUUUGAGUGUAAUAUUUUCUUCCUAGUGACUCAAAAUUCUGGUCUAGUUGCCAACUUGGCAAGUUCAAAAGUACAUCUAGUGCAUGAUUUACAAACUUUCCCUGUGUUCUUUCAACAUCCUGUAUGGGUUAUUAUUACAUUGGUGAACUGCUGAAUGCCAUUUUGUUAUGAUCCCAUAACAAUCAGGAAAAGUAACACACUGUGAUUCCUUCCUCAGCUUGUUGUUGCAGUUGGGCUCUCUCUAAAUGUUGCAAACCUGAUUGGUUAUGUGCGCUGUAAGAAAGAUGCUGGGAAGAAUAUCAAGAGUUUUGCAGGAAAUUUCCUGGGAAGACAGCUCCUUAAUCAGGUAACUUUUUGACUUAUAUAGUUUGGAAAUUAAUGAUCUAGACAUCUGAAGUAAAAAAUCAGAGUUUUGUUUAGCCAUCUGCUCCUUUUACAGAAACAUUUGAAUGAAAAUUAAGUGCCAUUAAAUUAAUAAAAGACCAUAAAUUAUGGAUUAAAGGAAUUUACCAGUUUCUGUUAAAGUGGUAAUUAGUAAAUGGAGAUUUGUUGAAUUCAUCAAAAACGGAAGGUAAUUUGUUACUUUCCAUAUUGUCAGACAGCUUGAGAAUUUUUUUUAACACAAUUACAAGCAUUAAAACCAAGUUGGAAUUUGAAAUUUGACAUGUUGGCUUUUUGUGUAUUAAAAAAAAGAGAGAGGGAGGGAGAGACAAAAGAAAAACUCUUUGUACAAAACAUUCACUUUCUCUAACCCUGCCUGUGCCUUCUAUUGAUGACUAUAAGAUUGCAAAACUAAUCGGUCCUUAAAGCAAUAAAUCAGCUAAGGGUAAGAUAUAAAAAUUACCGUGUAGAAUGAAGAGGAACAUUUAGUUAGCCUUAGGAGAAAUCUUAAACUGUAUGACGAUAAUGAUAACUAUUGAUCCUUUUGAUUCCUGUUUUCUUUAACUUUCUCGAUUCUUUGUGGCAUGGCUGUCUCUCAUCUACCAGGUACAGGUAAACCCUCCUCGUAAUCGACUUCCUGGAAGAUUUCUCAUACAAAAUCCUACUAGUCCUGUUCCUCGAUUAUUGUAA